AUGGGUGAUCACGAUUUGCGACGGUGCUCUGCUGAAGCCGUCCAGACUGGACACAGAUCCCAGCUCACCACUGCAGCCAAAGAGUGGAAGCACUGGCAUCAAACAUUCACCAACUUCAUAGAAGAAAGUGGAGAUGCUGCACCAGACAAGUUGAGGGCAUUAGUGAAUUGUGUGUCCCCGAGUGUGUAUGAACUCAUUGAAGACUGUAGUACUUUUGAGAGUGCAAUCGCCAAACUGGAGAGUGCUUAUGUCAAGUUGCCGAAUGAAGUUUUUGCUAGGCAUGUUUUCGCGACACGACGACAGCAGUCAGGAGAAUCCCUUGAUGAAUUUCUGAGGGAACUACAUAAGCUAAGCAAGGAUUGUAACUUCCAGGCAGUCACAGCUGAGCAAUAUCGGCAGGAGCUAGUACGUGAUGAAUUCAUCAAUGGUAUUGCCUCAGCAUUUAUUCGUCAGCGCCUACUAGAAAAUAAGUCACUGAACCUGGAGGCUGCACACAGUCAAGCUUGUACGUUGGAUCUUGCCCAGCGUAGUGCCGACGCGUAUACAUCUCCACCCAUUCCUCAUACUGCUGCUUUAGUUCCAGAGCGGCAGGCACAGCCCAGAGGUGACCAGCAGCAGCAGCCAACAAAGAAGAAGCAGAAAGAAGUUGACACCUGA